AUGCACAUCAUCUGGCGAGAGUCCGCCGACAAAGCCACCUAUGAGGACGCACGUGUUGGCCGGGUAUUCAAUCACCGCCGUCCUCAGCGCUUUCCAUUGGCAGUCGUGAAAGCCACCUGUCCGGAAGACAUUGUAGCAGCCGUUAAACUAGCCGCGGAGCGCAAUUGCCGCGUCGCAGUCCGAUCGGGAGGCCAUUCGUGGGCGGCGUGGAGUGUACGUGAUGAUUCGAUCCUCAUCGACCUGGGCAAUUACAAAACUGUAGAGGUCGAUGCAGUCAACAAGAUUGCUCGGGUAUCCCCCAGCAUGACCGGCAGAGAGCUCAAUUCGGUUCUGGUCAAGGAUUAUCAGCUCAUGUUUCCUGGAGGACACUGCCCCGAUGUUGGCCUUGGAGGAUUCUUGCUACAAGGAGGAAUGGGGUGGAAUUGCCGCAACUGGGGCUGGGCUUGCGAGAGAGUGCAGGCCGUCGACGUCGUGACUGCCCAGGGUGAACUGCUCCACUGCAACGAGCAGCAGAACCAAGAGCUAUACUGGGCUGCCAGAGGCGCCGGUCCCGGCUUUCCCGGCGUGGUCACCAAAUUUCAUCUUCGCUUGAAUCCCUAUCCCAAGCGGGGGUUCCGUUCAUCUGGUUAUAUGUAUCCAAUCGGCAUGUACCGGGAGGCCCUGAGCUGGGUCAUUAACAUUACGCCCACCUUUGACAACGACACCGAGAUUGCCGCUGUCUCACUAUACCCCGAUGGUGAGGAAGAAAUGCAGCUGUUCAUUCUCUUCGUGACCAUGAAAGACGACGCAUCCGAGGCAGAGAAAGCUCUCAGGGUCGCCCAAGAAUCUCGUCCCGCCGGGACUGUGAGUGAAUGGUUCUGCAAGGAGGAUAGCCUGGACAGCCAAUAUGAUAAUCAGGCAAAGGCCAACCCAGAGAGGCAUCGAUACUGCACGGACAAUGCAUACAUCAAAAAUGAUGCUGAUGUUCCUGCCGUCUUGGAGGAGGCAUUCACUACACUCCCGGACCGGAAGGCCUUCGCGCUGUGGUAUGGGAUGAACCCUUGCAGCCGCAGAAAGCUCCCGGAUAUGGCUCUCAGUAUGCAGUCUGAUCAUUAUUUCGCCUUGUAUACCGUGUGGGAGCACGAAAAUGAUGACCUGAGAUGCCAAGGAUGGGUGCGGAAUGUGAUGCAGAAAGUGGAGCGUCAUUCAGUCGGCGCCUACCUAGGGGACUCGGACUUUCAAGUCCGGAAAACAAAGUUUUGGGCCGAUGACAAUGCCAGGCGUCUGAUGGAUAUUCGCCGUAAAUGGGACCCCCAGGGCAGGGUUUGCGGAUACCUGGACCAAGGUGAUCUGUCUGGAACACGAGGCCUCGACAACGCACAUCAGUGGAAGAUGUGA